UGGCAGUGGGGUAAGUGGAGGUUGGGUGGCUCCGACUCUCUGACGCCAGUGAGACCAGAUCAAUCCAGGCGCAGUGGCGGAGCUAGCGCUGGGCUGCUUGGCGGCGGCGGCGGCUCUGGAAGCGAGAGCGAAAAAGCAGCAGCCGCGGCAGCAGCAACGGGUGGGACUUUGCCCGCCUGUCCAAGCAGCUGCGACGCGCUGUCCGGGCGCUUUGCAUGAUCUUUUCCCUUAUUCCCUCGCCUCGCCCCUCGCGGACAGCUGUUCAGUUCGUGUCACUGGUAGAUUCUUGUAGACAACAGAUUCAUCAAGGUUUCUGCUAACCAAGAAAGAUUUGCAUCAACAAUAAUUAUGUGGGCCGCUACAAAUUUAUUAAUGAGGUUGGAAAAGAGAAAAUUGAAUUACCAGAAGUCCCUGGAAUGUACUUUCACUUGAAUUAGGAGAGUUUGUUUUUCAGUCUGGGUCAGGAAAUGAUCGGACUGAAUGAAGGACGGAAAUCUUUCUCUAACAGAUUUCUUUCUGGUACCUGCCUAAGACCUGGAACCCCAAAGACAUCUAUCAGACUGGAAUGUUGGGUUCAUUUUGCAAAAAUUCGGAAUUGGGAAAGAUCAUCUGAAUUUACUCUGGACAGUUGUUGGAAGGAGAUAUAGGAUUUCUUAACAUAGAAAUUGUGCUCCAAUAUUUCCUUCUAACUAAUCACGAUGAAUGUAACAAGUUUGUUCUCCUUCACAAGCCCAGCUGUUAAAAGACUGCUGGGGUGGAAGCAAGGAGAUGAAGAGGAAAAAUGGGCAGAGAAAGCUGUUGAUGCCUUAGUUAAAAAACUGAAGAAGAAAAAAGGAGCAAUGGAAGAGUUGGAAAAAGCAUUAAGUUGUCCUGGUCAGCCAAGCAACUGUGUUACAAUUCCUCGUUCCUUAGAUGGCAGACUUCAGGUUUCUCAUCGCAAAGGGCUUCCCCAUGUAAUUUAUUGUCGUGUGUGGCGCUGGCCCGAUCUUCAGAGUCAUCAUGAACUUAAACCACUGGAAUGCUGUGAGUUUCCCUUUGGUUCAAAACAGAAGGAAGUCUGCAUCAAUCCCUAUCAUUACAAACGAGUGGAAAGCCCAGUUCUUCCUCCUGUGCUUGUUCCUAGACACAGUGAAUACAACCCUCAGCACAGUCUCCUGGCACAAUUUCGCAACUUGGGACAAAACGAGCCGCAUAUGCCACACAAUGCUACUUUUCCAGACUCUUUCCAGCAACCCAACAGUCACCCAUUUCCCCAUUCACCAAACAGUAGCUAUCCAAAUUCGCCUGGAAGCAGCAGUGGUACCUACCCUCAUUCACCUGCCAGCUCAGACCCAGGAAGCCCUUUUCAGAUGCCAGCUGAUACUCCGCCUCCUGCUUACCUACCUCCAGAAGAUCAGAUGACCCAGGAUGGUUCACAACCAAUGGAUACCAAUAUGAUGGCACCUUCAAUUCCUUCAGAAGUAAACAGAGGAGAUGUUCAGGCAGUUGCUUAUGAAGAGCCAAAACACUGGUGCUCUAUUGUCUAUUAUGAACUCAAUAAUCGUGUUGGGGAGGCAUUUCAUGCCUCUUCCACAAGUUUGUUGGUGGAUGGCUUCACUGAUCCCUCCAAUAACAAGAACAGGUUUUGCCUGGGGCUCUUGUCAAAUGUUAACCGGAAUUCUACUAUUGAGAAUACUAGGCGGCAUAUUGGCAAAGGAGUUCAUCUGUAUUAUGUUGGUGGAGAAGUCUAUGCAGAAUGCCUUAGUGACAGUAGUAUAUUUGUGCAAAGCCGAAAUUGCAAUUACCAUCAUGGCUUUCAUCCAACUACCGUCUGCAAAAUUCCGAGUGGCUGCAGCUUAAAAAUUUUCAACAAUCAAGAAUUUGCUCAACUUUUAGCUCAGUCAGUGAACCAUGGCUUUGAAACAGUGUAUGAACUCACUAAGAUGUGCACUAUUCGUAUGAGUUUUGUAAAGGGUUGGGGAGCUGAAUAUCACCGGCAAGAUGUCACAAGCACGCCAUGUUGGAUUGAAAUUCAUUUGCAUGGUCCCCUUCAGUGGCUGGAUAAAGUUCUUACACAGAUGGGCUCUCCUCAUAACCCAAUCUCUUCUGUGUCUUAAAAGAGUUCUGAAUUUCAGAAUCUAGUGAGCCUUGCAUGUACUUGAAGGAUGUUUGGGUCAGACACAUGUACAAAACUGGCAGCAGCCUUUAUACUUGAUAUCUGUGACCAAUUAUUAGAUCAGGAAGAAAGCUCCUACUAAGUUAUUUUAAUAAAUUCAAUUUCCACGAAUAAUAAUCUCUUUCCAAUCUUUAGGUUACGGAUUGUAAAAGCUAGGGAUGGCCAACUUAAUGUCAAUUGAACACUGUUCUCAAGCAGUGUUAUUUAGCACACUAACAUCACCAUAUGUGACUCAUUCAUUAUAAUUUGUCCUGAAAUGAAUACCCAACAUUGAAAGUUAUACACUCAAAGGAAAGUUUGCAUUGGUAUUUGAAAGUCUGGGUAAUAGUAGCUGUCUUGGGGGGGAAAGGCUUCUGUUUAUCUUCUGGAAACUGUGUAUUGACCAUAAUGCUGCAAGAAUUUUUAGGUAUGCUCUCUCCUAAAUGUAUGUACAGUGUAAUUGGAAUUUAGAGAUGGACAAUAAAUUAGAUAGACGUGGGAAGUGGGUGGGAAGUGAAGCUGACAAAGGAAAGGUAGAAUUAUACUGUUAAACAUAGCUUGUUAAAACAAGACCAAGUCUUUCUGUGUGCAUUUCACUUUUAAUAGUGGCUUCAUCUUAAUAUUAACCAAUAUUUCUGCCAUCUCCAGCUUCAUAGAGAAAGGGUGGGUCAAUGCUUUUGUCAUGUACUGCACGGUCUGUAGAUUUCAAGACAAAACUGUACAGUCUUUAAAAAAUUGGGCAGUUUUAUGCAGUUCACAUAACAGAAGCAACUUUUUCAUUUUGUAAAACUUUUGUGUUUUGCCAACUCAGCAGAUAUUAGCUUAUGUUGGGAGGACUUAAUCAACCUAUUCAAGUGUUUCAAACUAAAAGGUUAUUUUUUUUAAACUAUUUUAAUUGUUUCUUUCUGCUAAUGUUUUUAUAUUCAUUCAAGCUGUAGUACUUUUUCAGUAUUUUUUUUAAUUCCAAAACAUAAGGGGGGGAGGGGUUCAUCCUUAUUGAAGUUCAAAUAAACAUAUUGCUUACUUUGAUUAAAAUAAUCUCUUCUGCAACUUUUGUUUAUAAUCAAGAUGAAAAAGCCUAUUAGUUUUCAGAUAAAAGAAUGUGGAUACCUGAAGAGUUGAUAAUGUUUGUUCAGGAGUUCAAAAUAUCACCACGCAAGUGGUAAAUUGACACUUAAAAUUCCCUUUAUGAUUACUUAACACUUGAAUAAUUUGUCCACUUUCAUAUUGUGAACUUAAUGUGAAAUAGUCAUUUACAGUUUUGCACAAGCUGUUGUUAUGUUAUAUUCAUCAUAGUUAUGAGAACACCACAUAUUACCACUUAUGAGCUUAGGUAUUAUGGUCUGAUGGGCACUGCUCUAAAAAAAAUCAGGAAUGCCUGGUUUAUACAAAAAUAUUAAGUAUGGUCCUGGCUAAAUAUUUAUCUACAUCUAAUCAUUUGAUUUAUAAACUUUGUUGGGGGGGGGGACAAUAUGUUCAAACUCACUUUUGCUUUCUUUAGUAAAGGGCUGGUAAAAUUAUAAUGUGCAAAUCACUCAAAGUAACUGGGGACAAGGUAUUGUAGCUAGAUUCAAAACUGUAAAGGGAAGCAUUAAAAAGUUCAAAUCUCCUUUGAGUCAAACUCAAAUUGUGGAAUCUUCCAGAAUUCUCUUGAAGUCUCUUGUGAUUGCUUUAGUAGAUUAAAAAAAAAACCUUUCCAAUA